UUUUCUUCGUCCGUCUACGUGACCAUUUUUUAGUCCGAUCCACUAAUAUUAAAACCUAGGUCUACAAGUGCCUUUAGCCGAUGGAAUCGGCGAAUCGCAUAGCAGAGGCUUCAUGAUAAUUUUCAAUACAAAUUCACCCUCGAUCACAAAUAGACUUAUAUUUGCAUGUACUCCGAUUGGUUCGAACAUGCGGUGCAUCAAUGAGCUUCCCAUUGAAAGGGUUAAGGUUAGGUGCAAGGGUACAGGUACGAGGUAUGGUUAGGUGCAUCAUCAACCGUCACUUGACCAACUUCCGCGAGUUAUACGCCGUCUCUCGGGAUUGAAUACCAGAUUCCUUCUAGGUUGCUUGAUGAGCGUAACUUCAACUACAGCAAGGUCUCUUGUCAUCUCCUCAGGGUUAUUAGGAACUUGUAUGUUUGCGGAUUCGCAAAUCAUUUCUUCCCCGAGUGUAUUCCAAUCGUUCUGCUUAAGAACAAGCUUUGGAUCCAAAGAAUAUGCAUGCUUGGCGUAGUGAUCUACAAUGCUUUCUCUUAUGGAGUUUAAAACGGACUGAUUCGGAUAUUAUUUGACAGAGGGUUAAUAUCGCCCGUUUUGUACUAGUCACCGUCGCAUUGAUCCGCACUCAAACUGAAUUUUGUGAGUUUGAUGACAGAAGUUUCAAAAGAAUCCCUGCCCAAUUUCAAUUUGAAUCUGGACCCUAAGGAUGUGUAGCUCCCGGGGAUUUGUAUGAGUUUUGAGCCUUCAAAGAGUUCUGCGUCCUUUUUUUCCUUAAGAAAGUAUAGAACCCCAUCCGAUGGCCUGAAACCCAGUAUAUAUAAGUCGUAUGUCCUGAACUACAGUUCCAAAGAACAUUGUUCCCAACUCGCCUCUGCCUUUAAAGUGACCCUAAAGUAGCUUAGAUCUUCUUUGUGGGGUAAAAUAGGUACAGAAACUCUCUUGCUCCCCAAAUACAGAAAUGCAUAUAUAAGAGGAGAAUUUUGAACUAUGAAACAUCGAAUAAACCUAUCAUAACUAUCCGGGAUAGAAUUGUGUAUAGAAAAUCGAAAAUUGGCAGGAAAAAGCUUAGGUUUAGGCGUUGAUCCACUACUUUCUCCCCUAAUAAGUUUUUUACUAGAGCUCAAUCUCUUACGGGGCUUUUCACGCGGUUGAGGAGGCUUUGGUGUGUUUGAACUCAUGGAGGAGCUUCUUCUUGCCAAUUUUCGAUUUUCUAUACACAAUUCUACCCCGAAUAGUUAUGAUAGAUUUAUUCGGCGUUUCAUAGUUCAAAAUUCUCCUCUUAUAUAUACAUUUCAGUAUUUGGGAAGCAAGAGAGUUUCUGUACCUGUUUACUUCACAAAGAAGAUCUAAGCUACUUUACAGUCACUUUAGAGGCAGAGGCGAGUUGGGGCAGUGUUCUUUGGAACUGUUGUUCAGGACAUACGACUUAUAUAUAGUGGGUUUCAGGCCAUCGGAUGGGGUUCUAUACUUUCUUAAGGAAAAUAAGAAGGACGCAGAACUCUUUGAAGGCUCAAAACUCAUACACAUCCUCGAGAGCUACACAUCCUUAGGGUCCAGAUUCGAAUUGAAAUUGGGCAGAGAUUCUUUUGAAACUUCUGUCGUCAAACUCACAAAAUUCAGUUUGAGUGCGGAUUAAUGCGACGGUGACAGUACAAAACGGGCGAUAUUAACUCUCUGUCAAAUAAUAUCUGAAUCAGUCCGUUUUAACUCCAUAAGAGAAAGCAUUGUAGAUCACUACGCCGAGCAUGCAUAUUCUUUGGAUCCAAAGCUUGUUCUUAAGCAGAACGAUUGGAAUACACUCAGUGAAGAAAUGAUUUGCGAAUCCGCAAACAUACAAGUUCCUAAUAACCCUGAGGAGAUGACAAGAGACCUUGUUGUAGUUGAAGUUGUGCUCAUCAAGCAACCUAAAAGGAAUCUGGUAUUCACUCCCGAGAGACGGCGUAUUAGGAUACUUGCGAAAGUUGGUUAAGUGACGGUUGAUGAUGCACCUUGCGUGUAUUUAUAGAAUCAAGAAAAGUAGAUUCAUCAAUGUCACAAAAAGAAUCACCAUAGCAAAAGGGAUCGGACAUCACAUUCCAAAUCCAUGGAAGUGGAGAUCGAUGCCGGUUUUCUUGCAAUGUAUGCUGCCAAAGAUCUUCAGGAAUGACGUGCAAGCAUUUGAUCAUUGUCCAAGAGGUUCUUUUGGUUUCCCCGGGUGGCUUGAGUUGAGUCUUGUUUGUGGAUUAUUGAACGAGAUCAUGUUACUCAAGUACAGUUCAUCACAAGGAGACCAUAAAGUGGAGGAGUUUGUGGAUGACGUCCCACAAAACAGUUAGUGUGAAGAUCAAGGGACAAGAAGUGCUUUUGGUGGUCAGGAUCCAUGGAGGCUGCACCACUGAGAACAGUUUUCGGGUUUGUAAUUGUGUUUUAGGUGGUGGCAACAAGACUACACCUAGCAAUAAUAAAAACCGGGUGACUCUAAUAACCUUUUCUGGGCAGAUUCCUCCGUUCUGAUAUUCAGAACCUUAGCCUAGCCUUUCAUCGGAUGUGUUUUGGCACCAAAAGAGUGUUCAGAGUCGGUAAAGAGGGUGUCAGUUUGGUGAUGGUGUUUUUCUCUCUAACACGAGUGGACUUGCACAAACUGAAAAGGAAGUUGUCCCUCCCUCGAAAGGUGAAUCUGUCGGCUCAACAAGUAACAAACAUCUUAAUAACGAUGGGCCCUUGAUUGAGGAAUAUACUUUCUUCUACUUUUUCAUGUGCUUGUGCAUUCAGAGGCUAGUAAUCACUACCAGCCUGAUGAUUGCAGCCUCGAUCGCUGGACCAAAAGCCUUUGCAAAAAUCUUGUACUAGCUCUCAAGGGUGGCAUUACCUUUUUUGUGGUGGGGAUUUUUUUUUUUCAUAUGCUGAUAUGUUUAAAUGGAUUUCUUAUAGAACGGAUAUUAUUCCUCAUGGGUUUCUCUAGGCAGAAAGCAUCUUGGAUGUGAACAGUCAUACUUUGCACGGUUUCACUUUAGACAAUAACAUACAUUCGUGGUUUCAAUCAUUCGUGUCCAUUCAAGGGUGGUAUUGGAGUGGUUCAUUCGGCAAUGAUCAUUUUAUGCAUUGCUUCAAAAAAGCUCAUGUUUGACUGUAGCAUUAGUAAUUUAGCCCCAUGAGUUCCCCUAAUGUAGCAUUAGGGGCAGUUUUACUUUCUCCCCUAAUAAGUUUUUUACGAGAACUCAUGGGACUAAAUUACUAAUGCUACAGACCUACAGUCAAACUAGAGAGCUCAAUCUUUUACGGGGCUUUUCACGCGGUUGAGGAGGCUUUGGUGUGUUUGAACUCAUGGAGGAGCUUCUGCUGCGCACUGCAAUGGCCGUUGGGAGCUUUCUCGUGCGUGUGGGAAGAAGCCACUCCAGAGUGUUUUGAAGCUAAUGGGAAUUCAGCCAUUAACCUAAUACCAUUUAAAGACUCAUCUUCGGCUUAAAAGUCGGACGUGAGCUUCGCCAACCACUGCACCUCUUCUCCAACAUGCCACAGCUUCGGAUUCGUGUGAGCAGAGCUUCCCUACCUCUUCCUCACAUGGCUACCACGCUCCAGGUUCACAAAUCAGGCCAUCGCUGCUAGGAGCUGAGCCCCAACAUCACGACAUCUCCCUGUUCUUCCGUCGGCUCCUGUUCUGCCAACGAUUUGAAGAUGAGUUUAACACAAGAAAAAGAUGAUGCCAUAUGGCCCGAUGAAAAAGAGACUUUAUUUUUUACUGUGCUAUAUGAACGGGUAAAAAAAGACCCUACUGGGAAUCCAACAUUUAAGUCCCGAGACUGGAAUGAUAUGGAUAGUGAGAUGUUGGUCCGAGGCCAUUAUCAAUAUGGUAGUGACAGGCUACGGGGAAAGUACAAUAAGAUGAAGCUCAUACAUAGACAAUUUGGUCAGUUAUUGGCUCAUACUGGAGUUACAUAUGAUUCCAGUCGGAAUGUUGUUCAUGCCACAGAGGAAGUAUGGCAGAAAUUUAACAAGAUGAACAAGGGCUUUAGGACCCUUAAAAGGAAGGGUUGCAAGAACUAUCUGUUAAUGAAUCUUGUUUUUGGGAAAGGGAGUGCAAGUGGAGGACUUGCUACUCCUUCCACCCAAGUACCGACUCACUCGGAUGAGGAAAGAAGGAAUGAGGACAUAUUCUUACAUGGUGAGGGGGGCAUGAGCUCAGAGAGAUCACACUCAAAAGGGAAACGCAAAGCUGAGGAAGCGAUGGGAUCAAGCAAUAAGGACUGGAAAAGUGUUUUGGCUAAUGCGGUCCACACAUACACGACAACAAUGAGUGAAAAAGAGAAGAGACGUCGAUCUCGAGAUGAAGAUGUUAGUACCACAUCUACAGGUGCAGCGGGAAAUUUUUCUAUGACUCGAUGCGUUGAAGUCAUAAAUGCCAUGCCGAAUGUGUCAACCCGUGCUUAUAAUGAUUCCAUUGAUGCACUUACAGAUGUUGUCCGACGUGAGGCCUUUAUGGCUAUGCCCGCAGACCGUCAAUUGGAUUGGGUUAUGAGAUUUGAUUCUAACUAGUUAAACUGUGUUUGGAUUUCGUAAUCCAUGUUAUAUGUUUUAUGUAUGUGCACUUGAACACUUUGGUAGAACAAUAUUUAUGUAUGUAAGUCUGCAAGUCCUUAGGGUCUAUUCACAUGUUGCCAGCCUUUCAGGUUUCUAUUCACAUAGUGCCUUCUACUCUUACUUCUCUGAUCUUUACUAUCUAGUAUAAGUGAAUUGCCUGCGAAUGAACUCAAUGUGCUCGUUUGGAUGGUUUUGGUGGGAUAAAAAACUUGGCGGAAGCUCCUCCUCGUGGUAGAAAACAAAACCAUAGAACCUGCACUUCUUUUUGGUGUAUAUGAGUGUAUCAGGUCCUUGUUACACGUGGUUUCCUUUAUAUUUAUAAUUGUCAGUUUAAAGAAUCCCUUGCAUUAAAAAUAAGAAACUGAUGUUGUGACACAGGGAAUAGUAUUAUGAGUUAUCUAUUGCUUUGCUUAAAAAUAAUAUGCUAAUGAAAAUACAGAACACUAUCACAAAAAAAUUGAAAAUACAGAACACUAGGUAAUGAUGACCAGAAACUAGAAAAUUGAUGUAAAAGUAUAUCAUCAUCUUGUCAUUGUGCAGGGUAAUUAAUGAAAGUGUUUGUUUGUCUAUGUAUUGGUUGUGGAAAUUAUUGAAAGUGUUUGUUACGUAUUGUGUGAUUUUGCAUUUGUCUUGCACCUGAAGCAUGAAUGUUAUACGUUAUUGCAGAUACACAAUGUCACAUAAUGGCAGUGGUGAUGAUCUUUCAGACUCUGCAAGUGAUGAAGAUGAUGAGUUCGGGGCCCUACUGUUAAUGGCUACAUGUGUUUUAGUUGAUGUCGAAAGAAUUCCAUGUCGAACGUCUAUACUCACAGGUAACGCUUAUAUCGAUGAGUUAAUGACAGGUCAUCCACUAAAAUGCUAUGAAAAUUUUAGGAUGAACCCACCCGUAUUCCUGCGUUUAUGCAAUUAUGUGAAAGGCUUAAGAAUUUGGAUGUUCUACACGAUUCAAGGUAUUUAAGGGCUAAAGAGCAAUUAGGAAUAGGUCUUUUAGUGUUAUGUACAGGGGCGGGGGAACGUACAUGUGCAGAGCGUUUUCAGCAUUCAAUGCGAACUGUUCACUUGUGUGUGAAGCGUGUGGUGAGAGCACUUGCACGAUUGGGCAAUGAAGUUAUAAAGCCGGUUAAUGGGGGCCCUGUUCAACCAGAAAUUUUAGAAAAACCGAAAUGGUAUCCUUAUUUUGAGGUAUGUGUAAGUUUAAUUUAAAUAACUCAUACUAAUAACGGUGUACAAAUUUUGUAGAAAUGUGUAGGUGCCAUUGAUAGUACUCAUGUAGCAGCCUCAGCACCCGCUUCCAAACAAAAGACGUUUCGCGGUAGACAUUCAACGGUCACUCAAAAUGUCAUGGCAGCUUGUAGUCAUGACAUGUUGUUUACGUACGUAUACGCGGGUUGGGAGGGAACGUGCAAUGACUCUCGAGUAUUUUUAGAUGCAAUUACAAGAAGCGAAAACGGGUUGCCCAUGCCUCCUAUCGGUUAUUACUAUGUGGUUGAUGCUGGCUAUCCAAAUGUUCCGGGGUUUUUAGCCCCAUACCGUGGAGAGAGUUAUCACUUAAAGGAUUUUCGAGGCAGAGGACGAAUCCGCAAUAAGCAAGCUUUAUUUAACUGCCGACACUUGUCCUUGCGUAAUGUCAUCGAGAGGUGUUUCGGAGUACUGAAGGAAAGAUUUCCCAUUCUAGACAUGUCACGUGGUUACCCAGUGAGAAGACAAGUUCAAAUUCUCAUAGCUUGUUGCGCAUUGCAUAACUUCAUUCGCAUGCAAGACAGAAACGAUGAUUUGUUUUUGGAGUACGAGGAAGAUGAUAUUAUAUUUAACACGGAGGCAAGUACAAGUGAAAAUGGAUCACUUGAAUUUGAUAUGUCUCAACAGCAACAAAUGCACGAAAUUCGAGAAAGUAUUGCAAAUGCAAUAUGGGAUGAUUAUAAUGUUUGAGAUGUCCACGUACAACUUGUUCUGAUUAACAUGUCACUUAUUGAACUUUCAAUGUUGGG